AUGCAUCUACUUCUUCCUACCCUCAUCCAAUUAUUUAAAGUGGAUGCUUCUAUUGACAUAAGGUGUGCUGCUAUAAAAACCUUGAUAAGAUUAAUCCCUCGUGUUCAGCACACAAAAGUCAAUCUGACAGCCUACUAUGGAGGUUAUUAUGAUCCUUUGAGUGAUAUGGAGAAUGAUCCUUAUGAAGAUGCUCACAAACAACCCAAAGUUCACCAGGCUCCUAUGUACCCUCUUCUUGUUGCCUGUAAGUCAAUAAGCAAUUUGACGAAGGCUGCAGCUCAGGAAGUAGAUGGCAAAGUGAGGCAGUACAAUGGUUUGUUGGUUGAUCAGCCAGACACUCUCCUGCAAAUUCAAAAGGAAGAUGGCACAGACAAGGAGUAUCCAUUGGUAGCUGCCAUUGAGUCCACCAAAAAUACUUUGAUUCAAGAUAGUAUAAAACUCUUAUUGGAUUUACAUGUUGUUUUGGAUCAAGAGUUGGGAAUGAUAUUAAAGCUAAGAGACAUGAUGAUUGGUUGGAUACAUGAAGGGUUUCAAAGCUUCUUUAGACAACUUAAUGAUGAGUUAAUGAAACAAGAAGGUUCCCCUUUAUAG